AUUUUAAAACAAUAACAACAAUUAUAAAGAAAUUAAUAAAGUAAACUAAAGAGUUUAAACUUACUCGCUUCUUCUACAAGUAUAUAAAUAUGCUGUUCAACGACAAGACAGAUACAAUUUUCAGAAGAAUGAUGUUUGGAAAAUCAUUAUCCUUUCUGCUUUUCCUUGGAGUAAUCACUUUCUGUCAAACCAGAGUAGAAAUGUCACCAGUCAAAAGUCCUAUGUUGACAACUAUGACGACAGAAACGGUUGCCAUACCUACUACUACCAAGUCUGAGAAACCUGGUGAAAAAUCACCCGACUUAAUGGGCACAAUAACCGAUAUUCGUAAGUUGACGAAAUCUUUCAGUAUUUUAUUGUUAAUAUUGUCAUUGAUAUUGUCAUUGUUAAUAUUGUCGCUUUGCUACCGACAUGGCAAUAUUUAGUUGUCAUAAUGAACUGAGAUAUCAUUAAUCUAUGCAGAAUUCUAUUUAUUGAUUAUGUACUAGCUGGAUGCAAUACUGUACUAAAAAUGCUGAGAACUCCAAUCUGUAUCGCAAGCACAGAUUCGGAAUAAAGCAAAUUAUUAGUGUUACUAUCAUCAUCAUCAUCAUCGUUGUCGUGGUCGUCAAAUUCGAAAUCAUCAUCAUUCCUGUGAACUGAUCACAGAAGCGUGAAGUCAUCUUGAGGCAAAAGUGACUAACAUUUGAGCUGUGAAGAAGUAGAAUGCUUCAUAUGCGAGAGUAGAAUGACAUUGCUAUUGUUGUUCGUGUCGACUGAUACCAUGGAUGGAUGCAUUGGCGUUCAUGUGAGACAGUAUAUUCGGAAAUGUGCUAUGCU